ACUCCUGUGGUCCAUGUUGAUACAGAAACUUGAAGGGCUUGCAUGUGAGACGGAUUUGCCAAGCGUAACAAUUGAUAUAUCAUUUUCACGUGUAAGUGAGUAAGGGUGCGGUAACAAACCGGAAUGAUUUGCGUGUCUGUGCUGUCUUUGAGCUAGUAUUGUGUACAUUAUCCUCCCCUCGUUAUAAACGUCGCUGCAGACUGAUUUUUUUUUUCUUCUUCUUGGAACGCACUUUAGUCAAAUGUCUUCACUUGAUCGUUUCUAUUAAUCGAGACAAGCUUGUUUUGUUUUUCUCACGUCUGCCGUUGUACCUGCUGUUCCACAUGCAGCCUUCUGUCAGGAGACUCAACUCAGUGGAUACAUUCAUGGAGCAAGGUGGGACAAACCAUUAACUCAGACUCUCUGAAGCUACUGGCCGAAGCGUAUUUCACCCUCGGAUGUAAAUUUACACUUUCGCUAAGAAAACAACGUAACAGGGUGUCACUUGUUUGUAAUUGGAAAACACAUCCCAUCUUUCCAACCCCGCCCGGAAAAAUAAGAGAAGGCAGGCAACAUGGUGGUCAACACCAUCCACUGGUUCAGGAAGGGGCUGCGGCUACACGACAACCCGUCUCUAAGGGACUCUAUCCGGGAUGCGGACACGCUGCGCUGUGUUUACAUCCUGGACCCCUGGUUCGCAGGGUCCUCCAAUGUGGGCAUCAACAGGUGGAGGUUUUUGUUGCAGUGCUUAGAGGACUUGGAUGCAGGCCUGCGAAAAAUCAACUCCCGCUUGUUUGUCAUCAGAGGCCAGCCCACAGAUGUCUUCCCAAGGAUUUUUAAGGAAUGGCAGAUUAACCGUUUAUCUUAUGAAUAUGACUCGGAGCCGUUUGGCAAGGAGCGUGAUGCUGCCAUCCAAAAACUAGCCAGUGAGGCUGGGGUAGAGGUCAUGGUGCGGACCGCUCACACCUUGUACAAUCUGGACAAGAUCAUAGAACUGAAUGAGGGUCAAUCUCCCCUCACCUACAAGCGCUUCCAGGCCCUCAUCAACCGUAUGGAUGCUGUGGAGCUGCCGGCAGAGACCAUCACGUCAGAGGUUAUUAAAGAAUGUGCCACACCCAUCAGCGAAGAGCAUAAUGAGAAGUUUGGGGUGCCCUCCCUAGAAGAGCUUGGUUUUGAAACAGAGAGCUUGACCACAGCAGUGUGGCCAGGUGGAGAAACAGAAGCCCUCAUGAGACUGGAGCGCCACCUGGAGAGGAAGGCAUGGGUGGCAAACUUUGAGCGUCCGCGUAUGAACGCCAACUCCCUGCUGGCCAGUCCCACAGGACUAAGCCCCUACCUGCGCUUCGGAUGUCUCUCCUGUCGACUCUUCUACUUCAGACUUACCGACCUGUACAAGAAGGUCAAGAAGAACAGCACACCGCCACUUUCCUUGUACGGCCAGCUGUUGUGGCGGGAGUUCUUUUAUACAUCUGCCACGAACAACCCCUGCUUUGAUAAGAUGGAGGGAAACCCUGUGUGUGUCCAGAUCCCCUGGGACCGAAACCCAGAGGCGCUGGCUAAGUGGGCAGAGGGGCAGACAGGCUUCCCCUGGAUAGACGCCAUCAUGACACAGCUGAGACAGGAAGGCUGGAUCCAUCAUUUGGCGAGGCACGCUGUAGCCUGCUUCCUCUCCAGGGGAGACCUCUGGGUCAGCUGGGAGGAAGGCAUGAAGGUGUUUGAAGAGUUGCUUAUAGAUGCCGACUGGAGUGUGAAUGCUGGCAGCUGGAUGUGGCUCUCUUGCAGUUCAUUUUUCCAGCAGUUUUUCCACUGCUACUGCCCUGUCGGAUUUGGACGACGCACAGACCCCAAUGGAGACUACAUUAGGCGUUAUUUGCCCAUCUUGAAGGGCUUUCCAGCCAAAUACAUUUAUGAUCCCUGGAAUGCCCCAGAGGACGUGCAGAAGGCUGCAAAGUGUAUCGUAGGAGUCCACUACCCCAAGCCCAUGGUGAACCAUGCUGAGGCCAGCCGCAUCAACAUAGAGCGGAUGAAGCAAAUUUACCAGCAGCUUUCAAGCUACAAAGGAUUGGGCCUGCUGGCAACCAUACCUUCCAAUCCCCACAGUGGUGUCGGAGGAGUCAACACAGGAAGCAGUCACGGUGUAGGAGGCUUCUCAACAUACACAGUAUCCCCUCAAACAGAAAGAGUACAGACCACAGAAAAGAGGCGCCAUGAAGAGGGUCCACAUAGAGGCUCCAAAUCGUUAAAGCAGAGCAAAUAGUGUGCAAAAGGUUGAAUACAAAGGGAGCCCCAGUCAUUCUGGAUCUUUUGGAUAUCAUCUUUAUAUGCAUUGUUAUCAGCUGACACAGCAGCAGCUGUAACUAACAACCAUAGAUGACCAUCAUGAUCUUCAAAUAAGACAUGUUAUUAAUCUAAGGAAAGGCGGAAGGCAUUUAGACUAUAAUUGAAGAUAAAGAACCCUGAAACAGCGGGAUGUAAAAUGCAAAACCAUUUGAUCUACAGUAUCCACAUCAAGCUUCUGCUACAGUAUGUUAAAUGUUGAUCGUUAUCAUCAAUGCCCCGCCCCCCCCAUGACUGAUGUAGGGCGUUGAGCGGGAAAUUGGGUCAUGAGGUCUUCUGUAUGAAACUUUGUAACUUGUGUGAAUGUGAUCCAUGCCUAAGUUCAUCAAGACAAUGAGCUCAACUUUUAGCGGCUUUGGCCUUUACUUUUUCUUUAAAAAAAUGUCUAAAUCUGAUUCCCAUUCAAAUGAUGGGAACCUAUAACACAAUUUGGAGUUGCUUAUCUGACCUGGGUAACAUACAGUGGUGUCUUUCCUAAAUAUUGGGAAAUAUUAGGAAAAGAAUGAAUAAAUAUGUCAUAAAUGUACAUUUGACAAUGUACAAGCUCUGGACACUAAAAUGAGAUGUACAGUAAUGAAAAUGACAACCUCUCUGUCAGGUUUGACAAUAAAUAAUGCCUUUUAUAAAUGCCAACAGACAGUUUUUAAUAUUUAUUAUUUUUAUUUCCAACUUUAUAUAUUUGGUUGUGUGGUUUUACAACAACUUUUGUAAAUAAUGUGUUACGAAAACAAAAAUCCACUGGAUAUGCGUUUCAAUUUCUCCCAUGUGAUCGUAAAUAUGUUAUUUUUGUAUAAAGAAUGAAAAGAUUCUAACUGUAUUGGAAUGGCAAUAAAUGACACAUUGUCAUAUAAUAUUGAUUCAUCCUUUUAUUUGGACUAUAAUUGUAAAGUUGUUUUAACUGACACCAUUCUUUCAACAAGAAUUAAGGUAUUGUUGUGCCUUUUUAAAGUCUGAUAAUCCUGCAUAAGGUUUGUGAUGAACAAGUUUGUACUCAUUGUCCUUUAUGCAGUUAGAAAAGAUUUGUCACGCUGCACAUCUAUAUAAUUGUGUCUUCAGAGAAAAGCUUUAAUGGGGGAAACAUCUACCCUUAUUUUAAUUAAAGGAAUUCCUCUAAAUCCCA